AUGGAGGAGCUCGGCAUCUCAUCUUUGAAGCGCACAGAGCCUACGCUUGAGGAUGCAGCCGCUGAAAAGGCGGCCAUCCGACAGGAGAUGGCGGCGGAGGAGGACACAUAUCUUCGUUUCAAGAAGCUGCAGCAGCACCUCGAGUUCCUCAACACCAUGGAAGAGUACGUCAAGGACGAGCAGAGAAACUUGAAACGCGAGCUCGUACGAGCGCAAGAGGAGGUCAAGCGUAUCCAGUCGGUACCUCUCGUCAUCGGCCAGUUCCUCGAACCUAUCGAUCAGCACACGGGCAUCGUCGGUUCCACCACGGGCUCCAACUACGUAGUACGCAUCCUGUCCACAAUCGACCGCGAGCUGCUCAAGGCAAGCUCGAGUGUAGCAUUGCACCGCCACUCGAAUGCAUUGGUCGACGUGCUGCCGCCAGAGGCCGACUCAUCCAUCGCCAUGCUCGGGCAGGACGAGAAGCCAACAGAGACGUAUCAGGAUAUCGGAGGUAUGGACAUUCAGAAGCAGGAGAUCCGGGAAGCUGUCGAGCUCCCACUGGUGCAGUUCGACCUGUAUCGCCAGAUCGGCAUCGACCCACCGCGCGGUGUGUUGCUCUACGGUCCACCAGGAACGGGAAAGACGAUGCUGGUCAAGGCGGUGGCCAACGCAACCACCGCCAGCUUCAUCCGUGUCGUAGGCUCCGAAUUCGUGCAAAAGUAUCUCGGCGAAGGACCAAGGAUGGUGCGUGACGUCUUCCGACUGGCGCGCGAGAACGCGCCUUCCAUCAUCUUCAUCGACGAGAUCGACGCCAUUGCCACCAAGCGUUUCGACGCGCAGACGGGUGCCGAUCGAGAAGUGCAGCGUAUCUUGCUCGAACUGCUCAACCAGAUGGAUGGGUUCGACCAGGGCAGCAACGUCAAGGUCAUCAUGGCAACCAACCGAGCCGACACGCUCGAUCCGGCGUUGCUGCGUCCCGGUCGUUUGGACCGAAAGAUUGAGUUCCCCACACCGUCACGUCGAGAGAAGCGACUGAUCUUCCAGACCAUCUGCGGCAAGAUGAAUCUCAGUCCAGAAGUAGAUUUGGAGGACUAUGUCGGACGACCCGAUAAGCUUUCCAGCGCCGAGAUUGCCAGCAUCUGCCAGGCGGCUGGUCUGCAGGCGGUGCGCAAGAACCGUUACGUGAUCAUGCCGGAGGACUUUGAGGAGGCGUGGAAGCAGAUUGUCAAGAAGCCGGACGACUCGAAGAUGGAGUUCUACCAGUAA